AUGCAUGCUUGGUGGCGAUGUGGCCUCCUGUUGUGGGCGCUGCUCUCCGGAUGCAGCGGCCUGGAGUUCUCCCUCAUUCUUGACCAGGACGCGAAGGGGCACAAACAAAACGAAGCCGCCGUGCGCGCAUUGCAAGCAGGCGAUGCUGAGAGGGCCUUGCAGAAGCUGCAGAAGGCGCUGAGGCGCCACAGCAGCGCGGCGCUGCAGAACACAGUCGGUGUGGCGUUGAUGUACCUGGCGAAGUCCCGUCAACCUUUCUCGAAGGACAAGCUGCUACAAGCAGCUCUCCGUGCAUUCAACCAAACGGUCUUGCUCGCUGGCGGUAGCUUAGGCAUGACAGGCGGCGCCAACAACGGUGGCAAGGGAAGGGCCAAGCCGCAAGCCACCGGGGGCAGCGACUUGGAGGUGGCCCUGGCCAACCAGGCCCUGGCAACAAGGUAUGUAGAGGCCAGUCGCCUGAAUCGUCUUGGCAUCCAGCUGGAUCUGCAGAAUCGCUGGGAAGAGGCGGCCGCCGUCCUACGAGAAGCGCAAAAGGUCGCUCCAAGCUACGAUCCUUUGAUCACAAGCAACCUUGGCACCGUGAUCUACAAGAACGCGACCCACAGGUCCUCUGGCUGGCUGGAGGCGGAGCCCCUCUACGAGCGAGCGCGGGAGCUUGUGCAGCGAGCGCACAAGGAUCUGCCAGGCCAUCCGGCAGUGGUGAAGAGCUUGAAGGAGGUCCAGCGGCUCCAGUCUUCGCUGAGCGCUUGGCGCGAGAACGCCGGUCUGCGGGAAUUGCCGGUGCCCCGGGAGCUGCUCGAAGCUGCCGCGGUGCGAGGGACCCUGGUCUGCACCUGGUCUGGAGGCGGUAGCAAGUUCUCGAAGAUGGCCUUGAAUCUUCACGAGUCGAUCCGCUUGAACGCGCCGCACUGGGAACGCGCCUUCGUCGUGCUGGCGCUGGACAAAGAGACGCUGCUUUUCUUGCGGGGUCAGAACAUUACCACCUGGCUGUAUGAGACGACGGACAUCUACAUGACUCGCUGGCGUCUUCUUGCUGGCAUUGUGGCUUCUGGAUUCAGCGUGCUUCUGAUGGACACUGACGUGGUGUUUCUCGGUGAUCCCUUUAGCCACUUUUUCUUCGAUGCUGACUUUGAGGUCAUGACAGAUCACCUUUUCCCCGAACGAGACUUAUGGGACGAGAAGUGGAGAGAUGAGGAGCACAUCAACACCGGCUUCAUGUUUGUGCGCGGCUCGAAGCCUGCGCUGCACCUGGUCCACGGCUUCAUCGAUGCUCACCACUCCCCAUGGGAUUCCGAGGGGCCAUCUGUUGGAGGAGGCUUUGACCUUUUCGACCAACGAAUCUUCGCCCGCUUUGUCCGGAAGCAGAUCCAGGCAGGCAGCUGCUACUCCCUUCUCGAGAACAUGACCUACGGAAAGAGGCACAAUGCAUCGGUGCUGAAUCCCUCAGUUCGUGUUCAUCAUCCAGAAGUCAUUGCGCACGGUGCCAGCUUCUUCUGGCUGCGCUCUCACCGUGCCAGGGGCUUGCACAUGCCACCGGUGGCACAUGCAAACUUUGGGAGGAACAAGCUGUACUUCAUGCGCGACCGGCGCGUGUGGUUUGUCGAAAAUUUGACUGAGCGCUUCUCCGAGCCCGUGCACAAGGACGAGUACUUUCCGGCAGCGGCUUUGCCACAGGACCUCUUUCACGGAGAAGCGGACCCAUUUGCAGGGGGAUCCACAAGGGUCCGGUUCUUGAGAUACGGCAACAAGGCAAAGGCGGUCAAGAGCAGCAAGAGCAGACUUGGCGAGGGCUCCGACAAGUGCGUGUCCCACGGCGUGGAAGCCAAUAGCUUGGCCUGCCACUUCCUGGAGCUUUUGGCAGCCUUGGAAGUUGCAGUUUGGCUGGGAAGGCGGCUGAUCUUGCCAAACAGCUUUAACUGCAGUUGGUCGCCGAUGUGGGAGGUUUACGGCAUGAGGACGUCCUUCAGAGACGUGCACGAAGACUGCACCUUCGACUACUUCGCUGACGCCGAAAGCUUCAUCAAGCGCUUUGGGCAUCUGCUUGUCGAAGCAAGCUUUGUGAAAUCCGAGGAGUUCGCAGCGCUGUCCAAGAGGUCCAAGAUGCUUCGCUUGGAUCGCUUGGACCUGGCCGAGCCGCGAGAGCUGCGACAGCUCGAUGCCUCCGUCCUGGAAGUUGAAGGAAGUGUCCUGGCGCUGCGCGACUCGCUGCGGGACCGCUACCAUGAGUUCACGGCACUGGGCCGAGCCCUUUUCCCCUGCAAGUGGAUCGAGUUCGAAGCCUGGUUCUACGCACGCCGGCCCGAUCAACCUGCUGCUGUGGGCUCGAGCCGCUGUGGAGUGCAAGGCCUGGACUGCUGUGCGGUGUAUCAUGGAUGGGCGGAGAAGCUGGAAUACUUCACUGGAGUUGCCUGGGAUCUACCCUGCGACUGUGGAGUUGGUGCUGCACUUGGUUGCCACCCUCGUGACAAUGGCGAGUGCGCACGCCAGGACGAUGAAGAUGCUGUGGUCAUGGACUUUGCCGAGAUGCUGGAUUACAAGCUGGAGCUCUGA